AUGUCGUCACCUGAUAACGAUCUUGGCAUUCAGAAGAAGGAUCUGUCGCUCAUUGAAGAGCAAGCAAGAGCAGAUGCUACUGCUGCUGGUAUGGACGACGAUGCUACUCAGUAUCACAUACGGUUGGCCGUUGACCAUGCCAGAGACUACAACGACCUCUUUGACGCCUUGUCAACUCGGGCUGAGGCUGGUUCUGUACGCCCUCAGGCUCCAGUUAUCGACAGUGGCCACAAGGAGGAACUUCGUGUCAAUCUGCAAAUGCCUAAACGAUACAGAAUGUACCUCACCGAUGAGUUCUACGAGAUGUGGGAUCAGUACGCCUCUAAGCAGACCUUCGAGGAGGACAGUCGAAUCAUGGCAUGA